ACAGAGAGAGACAGAGAGAGAGAGAGAGACAGAGAGAGACAGAGAGAGAGCAACAGGCCAUAAUAUGGACUUCAGUGUUCCCCUUGCUCAUCCCUCGACAGCUAUCCCUUGAUAUCCUAACAUCCCAUGAACCUAAUUCAAUUACUGGUCAUUGGUAAGGGGACAAAGCCUUUAAGGCCAUGGGGACAACACUACACUACACUACACACACACACACACACACACACACACACACACACACACACACACACACACACACUCAGUACAUGAUCCACAGUAAAUAGCACAUAAUGUCUAUCGUCUAUCGGUAUCGCCAAAGACAGUGUUGACCAUUACAAGACAGAGUCUGGACUGAGGUCUAAAUUUCAACAACAUAUACAGGACAACAUACUUAUAUACAGAUAGGCUAGGGUCAUUCUUAGUUGUCAGUCUUAGUUCAGGCUAUUUUCAGUAGUAAGGUGAAUUCAGUAUUUUAAAUUUUUCUACAGUAUAUUUAUCUUCAUAUUUUAGAAAUUGUAGGAUUGUAUCUUGAAUUGGAUUGGGGGGGAAAGGUUAGAUUACUGAUAUUUGAGCUCGGAAACUAUCAAGAAUUCCAACGUUUCUGUACCUUUACUUGUUACCAAUGGCAACGUACCAGAAAUCACACAUUUAUCUGAAAACAACAGACAUAAUUGUCCAGACAGGGUUCAGAGGUUGAUCCUUCUGAAGUUCAGCACUUCUAGUUGAACUACUGCUUUUAUCAGAGUAAUCCCAGGAGGACAGUAUCCUGUGUGGGUGGAAGCAACAGGAUGUCAUGAGUGUUGGAGAGGCGAUGUUGAAGGACGUCUGGACCAGAAUGCCAGGUACUGUAUAUACACACGCUCUCCAUCAGCCAGGAUUUUAAGUCUGCUCUGAGAUCAGAGCAGCUUCAUUCCUCACCCCGCCUCAAGGCUCACGGCUAGACUCAGUCGAGGACCUGAAAGGAACACGUCUUCAUCUUGUUGGAGUCAGUUCUCUAUCGAUGUGAUUGUUUUUAGAGAAUGCAUUGUACUUUUUUCAUGUAAUCUUUAAUGCAUCGUUACACUUCUUUAAAGUCAGGUGUGAAUAGUGAAAUGAUGUUGGACCUGGAGAGGUUUCUUUCUUAGUGGGGAGUCACUUGGUGGCAGGGAAGGUGUGUGUCUCUCUGAGGCAUGAGAGCUCUGAGGAGAGUGUUCCUCCACUGUGUGUUUUACAGGACUGUGCUGCUCACCAUGGAGAAUGUGUCCUACGUACCUCUGAAGGACCCCAUCGUGUUUGAGCUGGAGGGCUUUGAGAUCCCCCCAGGUCAGGGCUUGCUGCUCUUCUUCCUGGCCCUCCUCAACUACACCGUGGUGGUUCUGGCCAACGGGGUGGUGGUGGGUGUGAUCAUCGUCGACAGAGUUCUCCACAGGCCCAUGUAUAUGAUGGUGUGUAACCUGGCCAGCUGUGACAUGAUGGGAGCCACGGCCGUUCUGAUCCAUCUCAUGGUCCACUUCUUGACGGGGAACAACAGCAUCUCCUAUAACUCGGCCAUCGCCCAGGCGUUCACGGUGCACUUUUAUGGGGUCUCAGCACAGACUGUUUUGUCUGUCAUGGCCUAUGACAGGUAUCUGGCUGUGUGUCAUCCACUGAGGUACCACGCUCUCAUGACCCACAGCAAGCUGCUGUUCUCCUGCAGUCUGGCCUGGGCCGUGGCUUUCCUCUGCAUCGGUGUCCUGUUCUCCCUGAACGUGGGGGUCCCGCUGUGCGGCACCGUCAUCAAGCACGUGUACAGCAGCAACCGCUCUAUCCUUGCGCUGUCUUGCGCUCCUACCCCUGCCAACAACAUCUACGGUCUCUGCAUGACAUGGACCGUGAGUACCGGAACGUUCCUGAUCAUCGCCUUCUGCUACGUUAAAAUUCUGCACGCAUGCGUCAAGAGUUCAGCAGACCGAGGCAGCUACAGCAAGGCCUUGCAGACCUGCGCAACUCACCUGGUGAUCAUCACCUACGUGAUCUACGAGCUCGCUGCCGCCAUCAUCAUCCUCAGCCAACGUUUCGACUCCAUAUCGCAAAACAUCAAGAAGUUCUGCGGCAUAUUAUUUAUCAUUGUUCCCCCUACCAUUAACCCCAUCAUCUACGGCCUGGUCACCAAAGAGCUGCGCACGAGCAUCCUUAGGCAGUUCACAAAGCUUUGCUCAACCCACAAAAUACAGGAUGUCCAGUUGAUCACAAAAUAGGCUACCUAAUGUCGACUAGUUGAAUGGCCUGAUAGUCAAGUAUCUGUGUAUUAAUGUAGCCUAUGUAGUGCCUAUUAUAAUUCUCUAAAUGCUUUGUAAACAACAACAGUAAUAGUCAAUGUCAAAAUAGUAAUGUGCUGUAGGCCCCAUAAAUCCUUUUGAGGCAUAGCUACAUGCAAACUGCCUGAAACGUUUUACUUAUUAACUCCCAAUGCAAAUGUUUGUAUAGCAAAGAACAC